UAGUCUUUUCCGCUUUUAAACAACACUGUCGCUAGGUUUUGGAGCAUUCAUUUUACUUCUUUACAGUCAAAUAAUGUGUACAUCACUAAGAGCAAUGGCUUUGAUGAAAUGCUGGAAUGCAUCUGGAAAAUAAUCUGUAUCAUAAAUCUGUAGAAAAAAUUAUCUUAAUCUCUUUUAUAUAUUCUGUUUAGAGACAACAGGCGAAGGAUGUGUUUACCAUGAAAGAAAUUUCGCUACUACUACGGACACCAUGGUAAACCCCGGCCGUAUGCGAGUGGUGCUGAUAAUGGCACUCUUGACGGGCGUCUUGAAGAGUGCCAGAACUCAGAAGGUGUCAGCCAGCCAUGGUUCGGCCAUCGACAGCGUCCAGGAAGAAGCUCUCGACCUUUCCCAAAGACCUGCUGAGGAAGGAAGUACCGACCGGACACAAAUACACUUCGACGCACGAGCGACCGAAUUACCCGAGGAGAGUAAAUCAGGGUCGAGAGAUAAGGACGCGUUAUCAGAUUCCACGGUUUCCCCAACGGUCAAAGAUAAGGGGGAAUAUGAAUUAGCUAAUCCAGGUGACCACCCACCGGAGGAGUUCUCCCACGCGGCGCCCAAGCCUGGAGUGGAAGCCUUGUUGAAGGAGAAACUAAAACCCAUUAUUAUCGGUCCUCUCCCGAAGCCUUUGUUCUCUGAGAUGACUCCGGAGAGCGAGAAGGCGUGGUUCGAUAUGAAGAAGGAAUAUUUCAACAGAUCCUCGGAGUCAGACGCCACAGCAGACGAAGGAGAAGCAUCGGCCCCUGUGAAUGAUACCACAGAAUCGCCUUCUGUUACCGCGGCAGACGUCACGACCCCAGAUUCCACAAACACGGCAACCUCGUCGUCUGAGAUUCCCACAAGCCCCUCAGAGAAGACCCAGCCGACGACUCAGGAAGCGAAGGAGCCCUCGACGACUUCGGUCGUGCCAGGUGCCAGUGGCGAAGACUACCUGAGAGUUCCUUUAUGCUGCGCUGACGACGAGGAGAACGUCCCAUGUCAGCGACUACCACAGCGGUCUGUGUUUUCGUUGCCCAUCGCCCUCAGCCAUUGUAACGACCCCGAGGAGCGCCCCGUAGUGUUCGACGUGGCUAAUGAUUUUUGUUCUAAUAAGAAUGCCACGAAAGUCAUAUUAGAUAGAGAAAACAAGAUAAUAUAUACUCAAAACAAACUGCUAUUCCACUGGAACAUGAUCUUCGUCAACGACUUCUGCGUGGAGGUCCCGGCAAGUUCGUACGACCUCCAGCACCGAGUUUUAAUUUGUUCUCCCGUGGAGUCGUCGCGCCACCCAGAGCACUGUCGCGCCGGCGUGUGCCAUACGAAAUGCUGCCCCGAAGGCUACCUCCUGCAGAACAAGUACUGUGUCUGCUACGACGCUCCGGCCUCGUCUAUCGGCCCGUCGCUCGGCAGCCGGAGUCUCAAAAGGGGCCUUUUACGAGGGACAGACACCUUCGUCAGGUUCCCGAAGUGUGACAGUCCCGACGUCAUUACAGGAAAUUCGUCAGACGCGAAGGAUUUCUUUGAAUUUUAUGGUGACGAUGUAAAUCUUACUGACACGUCUCUAGAUUACUGCGUGGAUCAGCUCCUCGACCUUCAAGAUAGCCGGAAUAUUGUCACGACUACUCUGGCUGUGGUCGUGUGUCCGCACCACCCUGGGGCCGACGAGUCAACGUGGACGGUCGUUCGCCGGGUGCUGAUUCCCCUGGGUCUGGUGGUGUCCUGCGUGUUCCUGGCGGCGACGCUGCUGUGCCACCUGUGUUUACCGGCUCUCAGGGACCUCCGGGGGCUGUACCUGGCGGCGUACGUGGCUUCCCUCCUCGUGGCGGAUUCCGCUCUCUUCACGACCCAAGCCUUUUCGCAGUUCUUGGCGCCGGCCUCGUGUGUUUCCCUCGCCUUGUUACUGCACGUGGCUUUCCUCUCCACUUUCUUCUGGCUUAAUGUGAUUUGCUACGAUGUUUGGACUUAUGUCAGGUUAUCGGUUCAAGGUGUCCCUCUGCACAGAACGCAGGACGACAUGACCAGGUUCUUAGUCCGCUCUGUGUAUGCCUGGGGAUGCCCGCUUAUCAUGGGCAUUGUGGCGGCCGUCAUGCAACUCCUGCCUGAAGACAAGGACGGAUUCUUAAAGCCCAAUUUCGUUGCGAAUAGAUGCUGGUUUAGAGACGGAGUGGAGAUCCUCGCCUACUUCUACGGACCGAUGGGUAUCCUGUGUAUCGUCAACACACUCCUCAUACUCCACACUGGUCUGGUGCUUUACUGUGCUAACAACAGGUGCCACUGUUUCUUCGGGAGUUGUGGCCAGACGAACCACACUUUCGACCGACAGCACCUCAAUGAAUUCUGGCAAAGAUUCGGUCUGUUCGCAAUCAUGGCGAGCUGCUGGUUGACGGAAGUUAUAUCGUCCAUCGUGGGUUCCGGGGAUUCGGAAUUGUGGGCAGUGACAGACACACUGAACACCUUCCAAGGAGUGUUCAUCUUCAUCACCUUCAUCCGGAGCACAAAGCGCAGGAGGCUGGUCCAGGAGAGGCUGGAGGCGUGGGUGGAGCGGGUGGAGCGAGGUGGACUUCCGGCGCCGAGUCUCCCCGCGGGCAUGAGUCCGAGUCACCUGCUGCACCGCCUGAGGAGCUCGAGCGUCUGGGCGUCCUUGGGCAGGGCACGCGACCGAGCGCCCUGCAGGAGGAGACCACACCUCUCGUCGAAGCAGGUCCUCGACAACAUCAUCUUCAAGGAGAAGAUGGAAGACAAAAAGGGCUUCAACAACCAGGCCUUCGAGGAGGAGGAGAGGGACGAGGACCCCGACGGCGGCGAGUUCUCGAGGGCGGACUCCGUCGACCGGUCCGCCAACCCGAUCUGGACGGUGCCGCGCUGGAGGUCCCUCCGCUCGAACACCUACUUCCCGAACGAGGUCGGGGACAAGGACGACGCCAACGACGCCCCUCGCAAGGACGAAGACGUCAUCUGCGAGAACUUCGUGGAUUCCUUGAGCAUCUACUCCAGCUACAGCGAGGACGGGGACCAGCGCAGUUCGUCCUCGGAGAACCCGCAGAACCAGAGGCCGAUCUUCGCCCAGUGGAACCUUCUGCGCCUCAAGAGCGGGUCCCUGAACCUGCCGUCGCGAGGAUUCGCGGGAGGGGCGGCGGCGGGGAGGUACAGUGACGUGGUUUGCCAGGGACUCACGCGGAAGGACUCCUUCAGUAAGAAAUGACGGAUUCUCAAGCUUUCCUCCGAGAAAAACACAAACAGAACUCAGGGGCUGAUCCUCGUGCUAACAAAAGGUUCUGGAGAGAGCUGUGCUGCAUAAGGCAAUUGCAGUUCACACAUUCACAUGGGUCCAACUGCAAAGUGUAAGGAAAUCCAAUGUUUAUUUUUUCUCCUGAUGCAUCCAACGACGCUGUCACCAGAGAAUUAAAUGAUAUUUUUGUAACGUCUAUUUACCAAUAAGAUCACAAUGCAUGUAUGUUUUUAUAUUGAAUUUGCAUGUUCUAGUGAAUUAGUUUUAGAGAACGAAUGUACGUAAAUGCUAAAUAUUAAAAACGUAGUGAUAGGAUAAGGAAUCCGGACCAAGGCUGGUAAGGACCCCUUAUAACAUGAAUCAGAUUCCACGAUUAACAGAAUUACUUUAAUUAUAUUCCUCCAUGCAGUUAUCAUACGCGAUCUAUUUAUCUUCAUCUUUAUCUAGGUCUGUGAAUUACCAUUUUGUAACACAGGUACUUCUUGUAUCACAAAUAAAGGUAUGCUCAUCCAGAGGUAUUUACAGAGCAACUACGUUAACGAAACAUGUUGAUUUAAGAUUUCAUCUAUAACAUAAAAAUCGAUGAUUUAAUGCACCACAAACAUGAGAUAAAUUGUAUCAACUUGAAUAUAUCACAAAAAAUGGUCUGAGAAUACCUAUGGAGGCGCAUACCUUCACAUAUUCCAUUAAUAAAUAUAUCCUUCGUUGCACAGAGAAUACAUUUCCAGUUUCUACGAGCGUUUUUUAAAGUAUUUACCAAAGCUUUAUUCCAUAAUUUCUUUUUGAAAGGUAAUGCAAUUAAUUCUUAUGUUAUUGUAUAAGUCUAUAUUUUCAAAGAAAAAAAA